UAUUUUAGUGUUUUUAAAAAUUUUUAAUGGAUGAAAGAUAGCUAUUAUUCAUUCUUAAAACUAAACAGAAAUAAUUGCCGUCUAAAAAAACCAUUACCAUGGGCAACGGCGGGAAGGGAUGAAAUUGUUGAUACAUGAUGGCUUUCCGGCGUCUCAUUCUUUAGCACGUUUCAAACGUUUACUAAUAAAUGAAAUGAGAUCAAUGAAAAAUACAACUAAAUAGUAGCAAUACAAUAAAAUAAACAUCAUUGGAAAUGUAUAUCGCUAAGAAUAUUUAUAAGCCAAAUGUCUGUCACUUGGGAAGAAAAUGGCGCUAAUUCAUAUAUCAAAAUGUUUUGUUAUUUAUUGUCCGAUAUGUUAACUUUUUACUGUAUUACUUUAAAGAAAUAAUCAAUUUGACAAGAAUGUCGUUUAAGUUUUAUUCCACUAAUUAUUCCUUAUGAAACUAAGUCACGAAACAGUGACAAUCGAACUAAAAAAUGGUACUCAAAUUCACGGUACAAUCACAGGAGUGGAUGUAGCAAUGAAUACGCAUUUGAAAUCUGUUAAAAUGACUAUAAAAAAUAGAGAUCCAGUACAAUUAGAAUCAUUAAGCAUUCGCGGUAACAAUAUACGUUACUUUAUUUUACCCGAUAGUUUACCUCUGGAAACACUACUCAUUGACGAUACACCAAAAUCGAAAACAAAGAAAAAAGAUAGUAAUCGUGCCGGAAACCGUGGCCGAGGACGUGGCGCACGCGGACGAGGUGGUCCCCGUGGUCGUGGACGCGGUCGGGCAACUGGUAGGCGAUAAGAUAUUAGUAUACUUUAUGAAAAUAAAAUAAAAAGAAAGGAUGGAUACGAAAA